UCAUGGUAUUCAAAACAAAAAAAACAAGCGAAGCGAACCGAUCGAUGCGUUAAACGAGAGUUGAAAAUCGCGUUGACGGGCAACUAAUUGUUAAACUUAACUAAAAGUGCGUGUAAAAAGUGAUAUAAGUAAAAGACUUGUGAAAGCGGCGAUAGGAGAGAAUGUUCGUUUCGCUGCACUUCCGUUGCUAACAUUUUGCGCACCCUCGCUCUCUCUCUCCUGUUGACGCUCUUGUGCGCGUGGCUGUGUGAGUGCGUCGCGCUCUCUCUAUCGCACUCAAUUGUUUACAAAUUGUUGUUGCAAACGUGCUAAAAAAGUGUCGGAAAAAUCAUGAAUUUCCCCAUGAAUUCCAUCAUUAAAUGUCGUCAAAAAUUGCUGUCGCUGUCGCUGCUGGCGCUGACUGCACUGCUCCUGCACCCGGGCAGCAGAGUUUCCGGCCAUCUGAAUGUUUUUCUCAAUCCGGAGGAGGUUAUGCGGCUGUUGGGUGUCUCCGCUGAGGUGUACUACGUCCGCGAGGGAUUGAUCAACAAUUAUGCCCUGAACUUCAUUGUGCCCGUGCCCGCGAAUGUGCGGGACAUCAGCUUCACGUGGCAAUCGCUGGCGGGACGUGGGCUGCCGUACAGCAUCAAUGUGGUCAGCUCGGAUCCGGAGGUGCUGCCGCGUCCGUCGCUGAAUGUCUCGCACAGUGGGGAGAUUCCCACCUACAUCCAGACGUGGGCCAUUGAGCUGCGGUGCAGUGGAGUGCGUGCCGCGGAGGUGGAUGUCAGCGUCAGCCUGGAGGUGGUGCUCAAUCGCUCGCUGAAUAAUGUCACCCAUUUGGUGUUUCGGCGCAAGAAAAUCUGUCUGCUCCAUGAGAGCGAGGCGGGAGGCGGGGAGCAGCAGCAAGGCGGCAUGGGGAUCGGCUCUGGGGAGGAUGUGGACGAUCCGCUGAUGCUGGAGACUGUGCUGUCGCCGCCAACGGGUCUGAUCACCCUCGUGGUGGGUGUCUCCGUGGCCAUGGGCUCCGUCUGCUUCCUCCUGAUGAUCGCCUACUGUGUGCGGGGAGCGGCCAACAAGCGGCAGCAGCACCAGCAUGGGGGCCAGCUCAUGCGGACCUCGAGCUUCCAGCGCCUGAACACACAUCCCACGCUGCAUCCCUGCCAGGCCUCGCUGGGAGGUGGCUCCGGCUCUGCGGCCUACAUGACGCCCUCGAUGAUGGCGCCCCUGCAUGCGGCAUCGCUGCCGCGUAAGUUGGGGGCUGCCGUGGAGCAGCAACAGCACCCCGAGGAGCUGCAUCGUCGCAUUUCCGAGCUGACGGUGGAGCGGUGCCGCGUGCGCCUGUCCAGCCUGCUGCAGGAGGGCACCUUUGGCCGCGUCUACCGGGGCACCUACAACGACAAUCAGGACGUGCUGGUCAAGACUGUGGCGCAGCAUGCCAGCCAGAUGCAGGUGCUGCUGCUGCUCCAGGAGGGCAUGCUGCUCUACGGUGCCUCCCAUCCGGGCAUACUCUCGGUGCUGGGCGUCUCCAUUGAGGAUCACACCACGCCCUUCGUGCUCUAUCCCGCCCCCAACAACACGCGCAAUCUGAAGCUGUUCCUGCUGGACCCGGCCUGCGCUCGCACCGUCACCACCAUCCAGAUCGUAAUGAUGGCCUCACAGCUCUCCAUGGCACUCGAUCACCUGCACAGCCAUGGCGUGGUGCACAAGGACAUUGCCACAAGGAACUGCGUUAUCGACGAUCAGCUGCGAGUGAAACUCUCGGACAGCUCGCUGUCGCGCGAUCUCUUUCCCUCGGACUACAACUGCCUGGGGGACAGCGAGAAUCGGCCUGUGAAGUGGAUGUCCCUGGAGGCGCUGCAGCACAAACAGUUCUCGGAGGCCAGCGACUCGUGGGCCUUCGGGGUGCUCAUGUGGGAGCUGUGCACCUCCGCCAAGCAGCCCUACGCCGAGGUGGAUCCCUUCGAGAUGGAGCACUACCUAAAGGACGGCUAUCGCCUGGCCCAGCCCUUCAACUGUCCCGACGAGCUGUUCACCAUCAUGGCCUACUGCUGGGCUCUGCUGCCCGGGGAGCGUCCCACCUUUGCGCAGCUGCAGUCCUGCCUCUCCGACUUUUACACGCAGAUCACGCGCUAUGUCUAGGCUCUAGGGGGUGUGCCCGAGGCGCACCUUCCAUCUACGUUUAGUUAGUUUUUUAUACGGAUAUUUGCCAAAUCGAAUUUUCGCCUGUACAUAUUACAUUUAUGUAGAAUUACUCCUAAGAUCAUUGAAGCAAAGACUCAACUUUUAUCACAUAAAUAAUCAUAGCACACAGUUUUAGCUGCAACAUCCAUCAAUCCACUAGCCAAACAGCAACCGAAAAAUCAAAUAUAGUGAUAUUUUUAUCAAUAGCGUUUACGAGUAGAGAAUUUGUCCAGCCACUGCAUAUCGUUGGAUCAUUUUGUAUGCAUUUUUUAUAGGAGAGAUUAAAACAUGAUGAUUUACACACACACACACACACACACACACACACACACAAAUAUA